GCCCUGCCUCGCGCCGCCGCCGCCGCCGCUGCCGCCGGCGCCGCUCCUCCUUCGUGUCAGUUGUUGGACUGUAAUGGCGACUGGGCCGCCGCUGCCGAAGUGACUCCCGGGCGGGGGAGCGGGGCCAGACCUGCGCCAGAGAGAACUGCAGAGAGCCUCAGCUCAGGACGUGGCUUGCUGCGGGGAAGGAGAGGCGUCUUUUCGCCUCUCCUUCCUUCCCCGCAGACAGGCGGAAUCCCGGGAGUCCGUACGAGGCGGGCACCCGGUGCGUCCCCGGCGCGGUGAGGCCAGGCCGGGCAGCCCUGGGGCCGGUCGGGGCGGCGUCAUUGCACCCUCCGCCAGGCCCCGCGGGAUGCACCGUGGGAGCCGAAGGCGGAGGCGACACUCUCAGGUAAAUUGGCAGGAUGAGGAGCAGUAAAUCAAAAGAGGUGCCUUUAUCAAAUCCAAGGAACUCUCAAAGCAAGGAUAGUGUUCAAGCAGAUGUAACCACAACAUGGGAUGCACUUUCUCAGACCAAGGCUGCUCUGAGACACAUCGAAAACAAAUUAGAAGUAGCCCCUUCAAGUACAGCUGUGUUUGAUUCUGUCAUGGAUGUCAAGAAGUCUUCUGCAAGUGCUAUCCGAAAGAUAAGUAGAAAAGAUGGUAGAUACCUGGAUGAUUCUUGGGUUAAUGCGUCAACCUCCAAAUCUAAAUCACGAAAAGAGAAAUCUCGUAGUCCUCUCAGAGCUACCACCCUGGAAAGUAAUGUGAAGAAAAAUAAUCGUGUGGAAUUUCGUGAUCCUCUGGUUUCUUACAGGGAAAUUCGUAGUGCACCUUCCAACUUAAGUCCUAGCCAUCUGGAGUCAAAGCAUGUGUAUUAUGUAGAUGUUAAUGAAGAAAAAGCUGAGAGUGGAAACCGGAUGAUAAGCAAUCGAGAACAACAGGAUACACGUUGCUGUGAUUUUGAGAGCUCCCAGUCAUCUGUAAUCAAUGAUACAGUUGUCAGGUUUUUAAAUGAUCGACCAGCAAUUGAUGCAUUGCACAACUCUGAAUGUUUGAUUAAGACGGGAAUUCCUAUGAGAAUGGAGGGAGAAAUGCCUAAUAGAGCAAAAGGAAAUGAGAACAAUUCAAAGCCUGCUGUGAAUAACAUGGGCCAUCCUGUUGAUCCUAAAGUGUUACAGCUAACUGAUUCUUCUCCAUCCUCCACUAGUACUUCUAAUUCCCAAAGAUUAGAUAUUUUAAAGCGGCGGCAGCAUGAUGUCAAAUUGGAAAAACUUAAAGAGCGGAUUAGAAAACAGUGGGAACACUCAGAAGAAAUAAAUGGUCGGGGCCAGAAUCUGGGUCAUAUUGACCAUCCAGUAAUGGUUGUUAAUGUUGAUAGCUCAGUGACAGCAAAAGUCAGGAAAGUGGCAACAGCACCACCUGCUCCAGCAUAUAGAGGUUUCAACCCUUCAGAGACCAAGAUUCGAACACCCGAUGGGAAAGUGUGGCAAGAGGCUGAGUUUCAAACUAUGAGUAGAGAACUGUACCGAGACUUGGCACUUCAUUUUGCAGAUGAUAUCUCUGUAAAAGAGAAACCUGCUGAAAAAAAUAAAGAGAAAAAAGUGGUGAAGCCAGUACGAAAAGUCCAAAGGGUAACACAGUUAUCAAGUCCAGAAUGCAAAACAAGCAGUACUCGUCUGAUUAGUACAUCUUCUUGGCGAGAUGGACAAAAACUAGUAAAGAAGAUCCUGGGACCUGCUCCCAGAGCGGAACAGAGGGAGCGAAGACCAGCAUCAAGUGACAGAAGCAGGGGAGAGAGAAUUGCUAGGUUUGGGGGUCAUAUUGGAAGAGCAGAAUCUGAUACCAGGUUGGAUGAUUCGCAUAGACAUUUUUCACGAACCUCAGAGCGUUCAAGAAGUAGAGCUCGGUCUGAAAAUAAUAUAAAGAAAUCAACUCCAACUCUUUCAGACAAUAAGCAGGAGGAAAAUACUGCCUUAAAUAAGGACUUUCUACCUGUUGAAAUUCGUGGCAUUCUUGAUGACCUACAGCUGGAUGCUACAGCUCCAACCCCAAAGCAAGAAACUGGAGAGUUAGAGAAUCAGAAGCCUUUAGCACCUGUACAAGCUCCUCGGAGUCACAGCCCAGUGAAAAGAAAACCUGACAGAAUAACAGCUAAUGAAGAUCCCCCUAUUAUUUCCAAAAAGCGCCACUAUGAUACUGAUGAGGUACGACAGUAUAUUGUUAGACAGCAGGAGGAGAGGAAGAGGAAGCAAAAUGAAGAGAAGAAAGCUCAAAAGGAGGCUACUGAGCAGAAGAACAAACGAUUACAAGAGCUUUACCGGAAACAGAAAGAAGCCUUUACUAAGGCAAAAAAUGUACCUCCUUCAGAUCCAUCAGCUGCUAGGCGACUACAGGAAACUUACUCCAAAUUGCUACUAGAAAAGACCUUGCUUGGAGAGCCAGCUCAUCAACAUGUUUCACAGGAUGUACAGGCCAGAUCAGGGUAUCAGCCAUCUGGAGAAUCUGACAAGGAAAACAAAGUACAGGAACGUCCCCCAAGUGCAUCUUCCAGUAGUGACAUGUCUCUAUCUGAACCUCCGCAACCUCUUGCCAGAAGAGACUUGAUGGAACCUACAUGGAUGCAGCCUGACAGACAGAGCCCACGAGCACACAGUUCUCAACCACAACCUCUUAUUGGAGCAGCUGGAAAUUUGCUUUCCCAUCUCUUAAAUCUAGAGCAUGUAGGAAUUUUGCAUAAGGAUUUUGAAUCUAUCUUACCACCCAGGAAGAAUGAUCAUAUGGCUUCAGGACCAUUAGUUUUUACAUCUCAACCAUAUCUGACCUCACCAGCUGCUCAUCCAGAUGCCUUGUUAAAACCUAAUGCCAGCCAAUAUAAGAGUAAAUUGGAUCGUAUUGAAGCCUUGAAAGCAACAGCUGCUUCUUUGUCCAACAGGAUUGAAUGUGAAGCUAAGAAAUUAGCUGGAGCCAAUAUCAACUAUGGAUCAGUGUGGAACACUGAGUAUGAUGUGCAGCAAGCACCUCAAGAAGAUGGACUUCGGACCAAGGGUAUAAGUCCACCUGUGAAAGAGGAGACUGAAGAUGUUUUCUCUGCUCGAAUUCAAAAGAUGCUGGGAACCUGUGUAUCUCAUGCAACUUUUAAUGAUGAUCUUCCUGGUGUAGGCAACCUCAGUGAGUUUAAAAAGCUUCCUGAGAUGCUAAGACCUCAGAGUGCAAUAUCAAGCUUUAGAAUGAGAUCUCCUGGUCCCAAACCAGGAGGGCUGCUGGCACAGUUAUGUAAGAGGCACACGGACUCUUCUAACUCUGAUAUGCAAGCCUGCUCUCAAGAAAAAGCCAAAGUGUCUCUUUGUUCCAGCACAGACUCAGUCAGUGAAGGGCCUCUUCUUAGUGAGGGGAGUCUUUCUGAGGAAGAGGGAGGCCAGGAAGGACGGCCCCUUUUGAAAGUAGCAGAAAUCUUAAAAGAAAAAGAAUUUUGUGCUGGGGAAAGAAAUACCUGUGAACCAAUGAAGGAGUUUCAGAAGGAAGCUGAGAAAUUCUUGCCACUUUUGGGGCACAUAGGUGGUACACAAAGCAAAGGACCAUGGGAAGAAUUGGCAAAGGGAAGUCCACAUAGUGUCAUCAAUAUUUUUACUAAAUCAUAUCAGUUAUAUGGAAAAGAUAUUGAAGACAGAUUAGACAGAGGAACAUCAGCAUCACACCCUUUGAAUGCCAUCACAACCCCUCUAAGUAGUAUUUCAUAUGAGGAUGAUUUUGUCUCCUCUCCAGGCAGUGGGACUUUGACAGAAAAACCAUCAACUCUUGAAACUAAUAUUGGUGGCAAUAAUUUAGACAUUCAGGAGGACCAUUCUAGCAGAAAGUCUGCCUAUGAUCUUUCCUGCAUGGAUGUUGCCUCCCAGCAUUCAUCAGGAGCCCAGUCUGUUGCAUCAUCUCAUUCAUCUACUUCAAAAGGAAAGAAAGGAAAAAAGGAAAAGAUAGAAUGGUUGGAUUCAAUCACUGGAAAUGUUCAAAGCUCACUUGUUGAUGAGGAAAAAGUACAGUCUGGCUCAGAACGUGGUUCCCAUCAAGGAAGGAAAUCUGGGACCAGUAGUAAACUCUCUGUUCAAGAUUAUGAACAGACUCUCGACACUGAUGGCACUUCGGAAGAACUUUCUGGACAUUCUAUGAGUGCCUCAUCAGACAAGGGAAGAUCUCAGAAAACUCCAACUUCUCCUCUAUCUCCAAGUUCCCAGAAAUUGAUACAGUUUGACCUUCCAGGAACUUCAUUAGAAAGAUCUAAGUCUUCUGUAAUAACACCUCCAUCUACAACAGGAUUUAACCCUAAUGCAGCGUUCACUGAUGUGAACCUGACUGCCAGCAGAACAACAGAGAUGGCUUCAACACCAGGUUCUAAGCGAUUUUCUCCUGCUGGCCUCCAACAUCGUAUGGCAGUAGAAUUAAGUUAUCUGAAUGCCAUUGAGGAGUCAGUGCGCCAACUGUCAGAUGUAGAAAGAGUUAGAGGCAUUUCACUUGCUCAGCAGGAGAGUGUGUCUCUGGCUCAGAUCAUAAAGGCACAGCAGCAACGUCAUGAAAGAGAUUUAGCUCUUUUGAAACUGAAGGCUGAACAAGAGGCUCUAGAGUGUCAGAGACAAUUAGAAGAAACCCGGAACAAAGCAGCUCAGGUCCAUACAGAAUCAUUACAGCAGGUAGUUAAAUCACAGAGAGAAGUAACUGAAGUUAUUCAGGAAGCAACUUGUAAAAUAACAGCUCAGCAAACAGAGACUGCUUGCCUUACCACAGAUGCAGCUCACCAGAUCUGUGAGAUGGCAGAGUUGACUCGAACAAAUAUCUCAGAUGCUAUCACUGGCCCAGGAACUCCCCAAGCAACACUGUGUAACCACCAACGGCAACACCUUCCAGAUUUCAUGAAACAACUGAGGACCCGAGCUGAAACAAAUAGGAUAAGCCAAUCAGUUUCACACUUUCACAGUAAAGAAGGGACCCUUGAUUCAAAACAUCAGAAGUAUUCCCCUUCAUAUAAUAAUUAUUCUGAGUUAUCAAGAUACAAGAAUCACGAUCGAAGAAGUAGUAGUAGUAAUAGCCGUAAAGAAAGUCCUUCAGCUUUGUCUUGUAAGGAAAAUGAGAAGGAACUUCAUGAUGAAAAGAUGGAGAAUUCAGUUGAUGAACAGGUUCAAACUGCUGCAGAUGAUUCUUUACAAAGUGAUAACAUUCCAUCUCUUCCUGAUGAGAAAGAUUCAACUUCUAUUGCAACAGAAUAUUCCCUGAAAUUUGAUGAAUCCAUGACAGAAGAUGAAAUAGAAGAAAAAUCAUUUCGAUCUUUACUACCUUCUGAGAGUCAUCGUAGAUUUAACAUGGAAAAGAAAAGAGGCCAUCAUGAUGACUCUGAUGAAGAAGCUUCCCCAGACAAGACUACACUGUCUUCUACCAAGGAACUGAGCAUGCCAUUCUCAGGAGAACAAGACAGCUUUUCUAAAUUUACAAUGGAGAUGGUUCGACAGUAUAUGAAAGAAGAGGAAAUGAGAGCAGCUCACCAAUCUUCACUUUUACGUCUACGUGAAAAGGCCUUGAAGGAAAAAACUAAAGCUGAAUUAGCCUGGCUAGAGCAUCAAAAAAAACAUUUACGAGACAAAGGAGAGGAUGAUAAAAUGCCUCCACUGCGGAAGAAACAACGUGGUUUGCUUCUAAGAUUGCAGCAAGAAAAGGCAGAAAUAAAACGUCUUCAAGAAGCCAAUAAGGCAGCUCGAAAGGAAAGACAACUGAUUCUUAAGCAGCAAGAGGAGAUAGAAAGGAUCAGACAGACCACUAUAAAACUGCAGGAGAAGUUGAAGUCUGCAGGGGAGAAUAAACUGGAAUCCCGUAGUGAUGAUGAUGAUGAUGAUGAUGAUGAUACAAAGAAUAAGAAGACAACUAGUCCUGGUCCAACUGAUUUGGAAACCCGCAGUCCUUCGCCCAUUUCAAUCUCCAGCAGUGAAACUAGUAGCAUCAUGCAGAAACUGAAGAAAAUGAGAAGCCACAUGGAUGAAAAGUUUCUGACAAAGCGAGAACAAAAAUUAAUGCAACGACGACAACAUGCAGAAGAGCUCCUGGAAUGGAAGCGACGUUUAGAUGCAGAAGAAGCUGAAAUUCGUCAAAUGGAAAAACAAGCUUUGGCUGCCUGGGAUAAUGAAUUAAUGAAAUCGAAAACUCCUAAGAAAGAAUUGGAAGACCAAAAAACAGAACAGAAAGAAAUAGUAAGUGAAGAGGAAUCUCCAUUACCUUCCUACUCUCGUCUGAACAGUGAAAGCUCAAUUCCAGAAGAAUUAGGCAGCCCUGCUGGUGUAUAUGUAACACCUGAGUCUGUAGUACAGGAGCAGCAAGGAAGUCCAGAUCACAGUAUACUUACAGAAGAAAUGGUUUAUUCACAGGAACUAGAAUCUUCUACCUCUCCUAGUAAACAUUCACCUCCCAAAAGCUGUGCAUCUGUGUCAAAGCAGGAGUCAAGCAAAGGAAGUCAUAGGACUGGAGGACAAUGUCAUCUUCCUGUGAAGUCCCAUCACCAUUGUUAUAGUUGGUCUGAUGAGUCAUUAUCUAUGACACAAUCAGAAACUACAUCUGACCAGAGUGACAUUGAAGGUAGGAUAAGAGCUCUGAAGGAUGAGCUGCGGAAAAGAAAAUCAGUUGUGGAUCAGUUGAAGAAGGAACAGAAAAAAAGACAAAAGGAAAGAUUGAAAGCACAAGAAGCCAGUCUGAUUAAACAGUUAGAGUCAUAUGAUGAAUUCAUUAAGAAAACUGAAGCUGAGCUUAGCCGAGAUUUGGAAACAUCACCAACAACCAAACCUCAGAUUAAAACAUUCUCCACAGCUUCUGAAAAACCCAAGAUCAAGCCCCCUCCACUACACAGAUCUGAAACAGCAAAAAACUGGAAAUCACUAACAGAGUCAGAACGUUCCAGAGGCUCUUUGGAGUCUAUUGCUGAGCAUGUUGAUGCUUCAAUGUCAGGUUCUGAAAGAUCAGCAAGGUCUUUGUCUGCAUAUGCAAAGAAAGUGAUUGAAUUGGACAUUCAGACUGAAGAGUAUUUGCAGACUCCUUCUCCAAUCCUCAGAUCAUCAAGGAAAGCCAGAGCAGAAUCUGGAGAUUCUCUAGAAAAUGUUCUUUCCUUACCUCUUCUCAAGGAAUUAAAUACCCCUAAUAGAAUGUUUGAUGUGUCAGAAGCCAAUGUUGAAGAGUCCAGUAAAAAAUCAGAAACACAAAAAGUAGAAUAUACAAAAUUGGAAGAGGGUGAGAUUGAAGAUGCCUGUUCUAAACCACCGGAUACCUUAAUGAAACAGGGAGACUCAUCUGAAAUUCUUUUAAAGAAUAAUCUUCCUUCGGAUUCUGUAAAUGUUCAGACAGAUUUAAUUAGAUUGGCCAUUGAAAGUCUUCAUAAAAAAGAGGAAAUAUUGAAAGAAAGAGAGUCAGAUCAAGAUAGAGACCAUACUGCAGACAUCGAGCCAGGAAAAGAUAUUCAUGAACAAAAGAACAGAAAGGAAAGGGACUCAUCUUUGUCAGAACAUCCUUUUGCACCUAAAGAAUUAUACUCUGAAGAUUUUGAAGUGUCUUCUUUCAAGAAAGAAAUUUCAGCUGAAUUGUGUAAAGAUCACUCUGAGGUGUCAUCUUCGUUGUCACUCAAGAAAAAGUCUCACUCUUACAGAGAUAAGUCACAGCAAACAAGGAACUCUAGAAGCAGAGCCACCAGCUUUGGUAGUGAUGAUGAAAUCAUUGAGUGCCUAAGUGAGAAAAGCCUUUCUGUUCAUAGCAGUGUCCAUUCAGAAAGGCUGUUAGAACUCAAGUCCCCUACUGAGCUGAUGAAAAGUAAGGAGCGUAGUGAUGUAGAGCCUGAACACAGAGUUUCUGUUGCAGAUGAGUUACUUGAUUUCCACAUUGGUGAUAGGGUAUUGAUAGGCAAUGUUCAGCCAGGAACUCUUCGAUUCAAAGGUGAAACUAGUUUUGCUAAAGGAUUUUGGGCUGGAGUGGAGUUAGAUAAACCUGAAGGAAAUAACAAUGGAACAUACGAUGGCAUUGUAUAUUUUGUGUGCAGAGAUAAGCAUGGUAUUUUUGCUCCUCCUCAAAAAAUAUCUCACAUUCUAGAAAACUUUAGUGACUAUAUAGACAUAAAUGAAGAUGACUGUUAUUCAGAUGAACAAUAUCAACACUAUAAGCAAGAACAAAAAGAUACAGAGGGUCUAAAAGACAAAGAAAACGAUGUAGUUGAAUAUUUUUAUGAGAAAUCUCUACCUAGUACACACAACAUAGAAACCUCAGUGGAUAAAGACAAAAGCCUUAAAAUAGAAACAGACGACAUGUGGGAUGUUCCUGGGGUACACAAAGCUCAUGUUCACCAGCAGUCGUCAGUGGGUUCACUGAUAUCUUUAAAGGAUAACAAAGACUUUAUUGGUGCCACAGAAAAGGUUUCCAUUGCUGCAGAAGAUGACACGUUAGAUAAUACCUUUUCUGAAGAAUUGCAGAAGCAACAACCAUUUACAGAAAAGGAAAAGAAUAUAUGUUCUGAAGUUUCAGAAAAGCUUUCUACUCCACUUCUAGACCUUUUAACAAGAGAAAAAAACCAGUUAGAAGCCCAGCUAAAGUCAUCACUCAAUGAAGAAAAAAAGUCCGAGCAGCAACUGGAAACAGUCAGCUUACUGGCAGACAGUUUACUAAAAGUUGUUGUGAAGGACACAGUCAGUCAACUACAGCAAAUCAAGAGAGCUAAGAAUGAGAAAAUUCAGCUUAGUAAUCAGGAAUUCCUUGAUGAUGACCAAAAGGAAGUACCAUCCCAAGAUGCAUCCCAAAAUCUUGAGGAACAGUUCAUCAGUGUUCCAGACUGCUACUUACGGUCUGAAUUAGAAGAUGAAAAAGAAGAGAUUUCCUCUCCAGAUAUGUGUCCCAGACCAGAAAGCCCAGUGUUUGGUGCCAGUGGACAGGAAGAGCUUGCUAAGAGACUUGCUGAACUUGAAAUCAGCCGGGAGUUCCUGAGCACCUUAGGAGAUGAUCAAGAUUGGUUUGAUGAAGACUUUGGUUUGAGUUCCUCUCACAAGGUCCAAAAAAGUAAGGCAGAAGAAACAGUUGUACCUCUAAUGGCAGAACCUAAAAGAGCACCUCAAAAACCAUGUGAAACAUUAUUGGCAGUCCCACAUACUGCAGAAGAAGUAGAAAUUCUUGUACAUAAUGCAGCAGAAGAACUUUGGAAAUGGAAAGAAUUAGGCCAUGACCUUCAUAGCAUCAGUAUUCCUACCAAACUGCUUGGCUGCACCAGUAAGGGCUUAGAUAUAGAAAGCACUAGUAAAAGAGUCUACAAACAGGUGGUUUUUGAUUUAACAAAAGAAAUUUUUGAGGAAAUAUUUGCUGAGGAUCCCAACUUGAAUCAACCUGUCUGGAUGAAGCCAUGUCGAAUCAACUCUAGUUAUUUCCGACGAGUGAAAAAUCCAAAUAACCUCAAUGAAAUCAAGAACUUUAUAGCAACUGAAGUACUCAAAUUGUUCAGUCUUAAAAAAGAGACAAACCACAAAACAGAUUGGCAGAAAAUGAUGAAAUUUGGAAGAAAGAAAAGAGACCGAGUGGAUCAUAUCCUGGUACAAGAGCUCCACGAGGAGGAGGCACAGUGGGUGAACUAUGAUGAGGACGAGUUGUGUGUGAAGAUGCAGCUGGCUGAUGGGAUCUUUGAAACCUUGAUCAAAGAUACUAUUGAUGUUCUGAAUCAGAUCAGUGAAAAACAGGGGAGAAUGCUACUUGUGUGACAUCUUGCAAAUAAAUUGAACACUGAGUGUUAAUAUGAGUCCUGGGCCUUUCUGCCUCCUGAUGUACACCCCAUCUCCAUCAUAGCAAGAGUGCUUCCGGACCUUGCACCUGUUCUGUGGACUGCUGAUUUUGGAGUUCAUGGGAUAAUACAGAAUAGCUGAUAUUACAACCUUUGCCUUUAGACUGUCCACUGGAUUACGUGGUUAUUUUCAGUGGGCAGGGUUACACUCCUGAUGUUGAGACACAAUAUAAUUCUGUGUCUCUUGGUAGCACCCCUUCUAGGUCUCAGAUGAGAGCUCAGCACAGCAGACUUAACCUCCAUGCUUAGACUAGGGUAUCAUUUCCUUGAGUCUGAAGUCAGGCAAGAGAGGUAUAUAGAUAAACUUAUCAUACAAUUUUUGAAAUAUAAUCCUGGUCUAUACCAUGAAAGUCAUACAUGAACAUUAUAAUCUUUUAAACAGUAUUAAACCCUUAAUCAUUUCUAAAAUGCGCAGGUUUAAUGCCUAUUUCACAUUCUGGAGUUGAUUCCAUUUCUUUUUGGAGACCAUUUUCUUCCAUUAGUACAGUUCAGCAGCACCAAGCAGACUGUCAAAUUAACAGAAAUAAAUGAUAACCUUGCUUUCUGAGCGCCACCUAAAGAACUGCAAACCCUUGCAUUAUGUUUAGUUUUUCUGUCUGGGCAUGAAAACAGAUGCCCCCACUGAAGACUGGGCUUAAAGGACUGCUGCAGGGCUGAUUCCUCUAUCCCUUGUUUUCCCCCUGCACUUUUCUUCCUCGUCCUGAACCUCUACGAGCUGCUCCCAGAAUCACAGAUACUCAGGACCAUCUCAGGCAUCCAGGCAUGGCAAACGUGGAAAUAAUUCAUUUUGGCCUUCAAACUUUCAACUCCCAUCUCUCCCCAAGAAGUCAGAGACGCUGUUACUUGAAUGAUUUAGGAAAUGAGUGUGUGCACCAAAGACAAAAAGAUAUUGUCUAUCGUUUGUGUGCUUGUUUUACUCUAUGGAACAUUUUUUUAAUUUAUUUUAAGAUAAAUUAUUAAGUUGAAAAUGUAUGUCCCUAUUCAGAAGUAAAAGAUUCUUCUAAUAGUUAAACCUCCGUCUUGAAGCUUCUAUGGUUCAUAGUGUUUGCACAGGAAACCUGUGGUUUUAAGAAACCCACAUACAUAUUGAAGAAGUCAGUUCAAUUCAGUGAAAAGAAGAUGAGCUUUUUCAAGAUCACUUACAAUAGCAGGAAUGGGAGAAAAUGACUUCAAGACACUGUAACAUUUAAUCCUGCCUCUCUUGCAGCAUUGCUUCUUACAACUAUGACCUAUAUUUGAAAAAAAAUUCUGUUGACUCCAGCUGCUACACUAGAGCACAUGAGAUGCUCUUCUGGGACCUCAGUACCUGCCUUCCUGACUGGUUUCUCUUAAUCAGUCCUAUCCCUCUUCACGUAAUCCAGAAGAAUGUGGAUAAUCUUAGGCGUGAAUGUAAAUGCCUUAAUCUUGAAGGUCCAGAUUAGAAGCAUGAUAUGAGACAUCCACUGGAUUCAUAGUUAAAAUAUCCUGGAAUGUUAUAGUUUCAAAAUGUUAGAAAACCCCAAAGAUGGUAUAAUCUAAGUGUGCACGUUUGUUUAUUUCUGCAUCCUUCCUCCAAACUGGCCUUUGCAUCUUAAAUGUUUCACUAUGCACACUUCCAUUCUUCUCUUCAUCCUCUCAUAAGAAACUCACUGAACUAAUCAUUGGAAUAUUUGCAUUUUGCACAAUGACUGGUGUGAUAGCUCUUGACAGAUGUGGAAAGCACUGAAAUGUUGAGUCUCUGGAAAUACUAUUUUGAUGUAUUUCCAGCAUUUCUUCUGGGCCUUUGAUGUUGAGCUAUAGUCUUGUAGCCAUAAUGAGCAAAUUGACUAAAAGAAGCAAAGGUUUCUCGGGGUUAUUAACCAGUAGUGUGGAAAUAUUAUUUUCAUAUGGCCAAGGAAAAGCAAAGACUUGUCUUUUUGGUUUAUGUUAUUUGGAAGACAGAAAAACAUCUUGUCUACAUCCUUUGGGCUGUUUAUAGGAUCACAUUGUCCUUAUGAUACUGAAACUUUACAGCUGCUGUAAAUUUUUUAUAAAUGAAUAUCAAAAUACUAUAAUAGGAAUAUAGGUUGCUUUUCUACAUCUUCAUUGUUUGAACCUAAAACAAAUUUUUGGUAAGAAAAUUUAUCUUUACUCUUUAUGAUAUCAUGAUUCCAGAGAAGGAAAAAAUGACUCCUUAUAAGUCCGUGGAAUCAGCAAUCUGGACUGGUAAGAAGUGCUGCCAGUGAUGUGGCAGUAGCCAUCCCAGCCGACUCCAGCUGUCUUUGCUCUCCAAGAGCCUGGGUUCCAGAUGAGAGGCAGUAAAGACCAGUCUUACUCUUUGUCAGAAAUGUCGUCCAUAGUUUGUAGCAAAAACAAACAAACAAAAAGACAUCUAUAGUAAAAGAUUUCUCAUUUUAAUUAUGGGGAUCUAAUUAAAAUACAUUUGUUACUAGGAUUAGAAAUACAUAUGGAUACCCAGCCACUUUUCCAUACUGGGAUCUUUUAAAUCAAACUCUGCCUCUUCACCAAGAACCUACAUAUUCCCUCUUUCUAAUCUUUACUUCUCCCUACACUCUAUCUUCUUUUGGUCUGUCUUCACAGAAUAAGAAAAAGAUCUUUGCAUCAGCAGUAAUAUCUUUUAGAACAGCAUUGUCAGAAUUUAGUAGUAAACCAACAUAUAGGCUUCAGAUUUAAUUCUGAGUCCAAAACAAUUUGUGCUAUCCAGGGCAGUUAACUCUGGGUUAAAUAAGUACAGGGUAUAGAUUCCCUCUUCAGGUCUAAACAGGAAUUUUUACUCUAGGGAAAAGUGGGAAGAGCUCAAAAGUAGUUAAUAAGGAAGGCAAUUUGUUUUUCUUUUACCUAAAAAAGAAAAGAAAAUUCCUUCUGUGACUACAGGUCUCUGAGAAAUUAUCUUUCAAAAGAGAUUUCAUUGCUCAUAAGAGUGUUGUGGCCUAUUGAUAAAAACAAUUUUGUUCACUUUCUUGUCUUGAAAAAAAGUGGCCUUAGCUUUUUGCAAUACUUGAAUAAAGUGUGUACUCGCAAAAGAAUUUCUGUAGCACAGCAUUAGAGACUCAUAACUUUUCUGCAAGAAAUUCAGACUUACAUCUUCCUUUUACUACCUUAAGAAUACUAGUGAAUAAACAUUAACUCAAACAGCAAAGUGAUAGAAACUACAAUGAUGUUUAAUGCAAAUUGUAGGAAUUUACAUGUUUACAAAUCAUCUUAACCUGGUUGUGCAGCAAUUCAAUAAAAUAUCUUUGUAUUAUAAAAAUGUGAAGAAAAAUGUAAACUGAUGUAAAGGAGGUACUGUCAUUUUAAUUAACCUUGUUUAAUAGCUUUUCCUUCUGGACUUUGCAAAGCCUUCUUGGUAAACACGUUGCAAAGCAUUCUCUGGGAGGCUUAGCCUCCUUGUGUGUACUGUAUUGUGCAGACAUGAAAAAUAAACCCGUUUACUGUGUAUGUGUAAAUAGCCUGGUCACCAGGCCAUUUUCAGCCAAUAGUCACAUCCAGUGCAACUCUGCACAGAAGACUUAGGGUGUGGUUUGUAAGUAUGAUCUGUACAAUAACUGGGAUAAAUUCCCAUGUAUACCUGUGUAAAUAGAUUUGUUAACUAAAAUGUACUUUAAGAAAGAUAAAUCUGUAAAUAAAAGCUGAUUUAUAAAUUAA